AAUAUCUACACUAGUCUCACAGAUUCUUUUAAAAAAAAAAAUUUGUAGGGUUAUCCACGGGUUCAGUUCCGAGGCCACGCCAUGGCUGAGCUCUGCCUCAUGUCUGAAACAGUUGAAGAAAUCGUUAAGAAACCAAGAAUUUCUUGUUCUAAUUCGGUGGAUCUAACGUUGCGAUUGCCCGAUCAUAUUCUCCAUUCGAUAUUUUCCUACCUUACAUCUCAAGACCUAGUUAAUGUCCACCUUGUUUCCAAGAAUUGGCAUCGUAACACCCCAUCAUAUUUCGCUUUCAACUUUGACGAAUCUCUUUUCCUUGAAAAUGUUCCAUAUACGCCCCUUCGCAUUAUACAUGAAACACAUAACAAGUUCUUGGACUGGAUCCGUUCUUCUCUCGAGACUUCUAAAAGUAAGUUAAACAAGGCUGACAAAAGAGUACUGCGGAUUCUAUUUUAUUUUCAUCAGAAUAUCUACGAUAUAAUGAGAUUGAUGGACGAAAAUGAUUUCCAUGAGGUGUACUUGAGAUUUGAGUAUUUUCAUUACUCGUUACCCUAUAUUUUUCAAUUAAAGUCAACAUGCCUCACAGUUCUUCAUCUAACUGCAUGCACACUUGAUGAACACGUGUUCCAUGAUGAAGCUAAAUUUGCUUCUUUGCAGGAGGUAAAAUUGGACGACGUUAGGGUAAGUGGAAAAACUCUAUCCAAGUUUAUUAGUAAGUGUCCAAAUAUUAGAGAAUUGAGUUUGGAGGGUUGCAAGUUUCUACAUUUUAUAGUACUACCUAAAUUAGACCGUUUGGAGAAGCUUUAUGUGAACAAUCCGCAUAUUCAUCAUCCUAUUAGUAACAUACAAGUUGUUGCCCUGAGUUUACAAGUCUUCCAUUUGGCUUACUGUAAUAGCAUCAAAGUUGCGGUUCGUAUGAAUAUCCGUGCUUGUAGAAUGUUGCGGGAACUUCACUUGGAUUGUCGAAAAUUUCCUGAGGGUCUUGAUCAUGAACACUUCUGUUCAGAUUUUCCUCAUCUUGAAACUUUGUACCUUGGCCCUUGUGAGACAUUGAAGCGUGUCAAAAUUUCAAGUUCAUCACUCAGAAACUUGACCUUAAUGUUCACACAGCUGUAUAAUUAUAAUUAUUCAAGAAAGAGUGUAGUUUGGGCUCCCAAUUUAUGUUAUUUCCAUUAUGUUGGUAGAACAUUUAAAUCAUCUUUAGCUCCAAGUGAUACACCAAAGCUUUUAGAGAAAAACUGCAUUUCUUUGGUUCCUCAUAUUGAGAAAAUCAAUAGAGCUUGGUUCCUCCAAUUGAGAAGUCAUCUUAAAAAGAUUAGCAACCAUAUUGGAUUGGUCUUAGUCAUUCGUGAAGAGAAGACAAGUUUUUCUGAUCUGGGCAAACGAGGACAUAAAUUGUGGAGCAUACCAAUUGGACGAGCUCCAACACAAUUGCUACCUCAUAUCAAACGCUUAAAGCUAGACAUAAGGCUCAAAGUUCCAGAGGAAUCCCAUAGAUGCUUGAUGAAAUAUAUAAUUGACAACUUACUUUUGAUGUCCAACCAAAUGCAUUGACUCUAUCAAUGCCAGCUAGUUAUACUGAAUUUGCACUUGGAGUCUGCAACCAGUUAUUCAUAAGCAGAAGGGAAAGCAAUUGUUGCACGGAUACUCAGGACAAGUGCUGGCGCCAUUUCCUAAAAGAUUUUGUGGUUAAGGAACAAGUUAGUGAUGAUAAAGACAAGAUGAAGAAGCUCAGUUUCGUAUUUACUUGGCAAUUCUUUAGUUAGUCACUCCCUUUUCUAUUUGACACUGAAUUUGUAAGCUGGGAUACUUAUGUAUAUGAGCUUUUCUAUUAUCAACUCCGCUGAACAGUUCAAGUGACAUAUAUGUUCAUCGCUCUUUCUAUUAAAAGGAUGAAAUAAAAUCAUUGAUCAAAAGAGUGGAUUAUUUGUUAAAGAA